AAAGUAGAGAGAUAAUCAACAAUCCUAAUGAAAGAAAAAUAGAAGAGAAUAAAAUAAAUAUAGAAAUAAUAAAUAUAGAAGAAUUACUAAGUAUAGAGCUUAUAGAAGUAGAGAUGAUUAUAGAUAAAACUUAA